GUCUUAAUGGUGCCGUCCCUGCGGCUCUGUGUGUUGCUUCCCUCCGACCCGCUUGGCGUUAGCGAAUGCUGAAAGCGUCUAUUAAUGUAGUCACCUGCUAUCAGCUGGUAUUUAGCUACACCCGUCGUCACUGCACAACAGUCCUUCGUGUAACGUUGCUGUGGUGGCCGAUCAGAGUGGCGGAGGCGCUGCAGUUUAUCUCGACGCGGAAGUGAGAUAGUCCCAAGCAUGGCGCCCGGACGUGAAGCUGCCUUUGUGCUCGCCUUGAGUCUCUUCGUCGCAGUCGCUGCUGCGGCUCGACUGGCCCCCGAGAAGUUUGGCGAAGAGAAGACGUACGCUCCCCCGUAUGGUGGAACUCCUUCAGGCAGCAGCCCAACGACGCCUGAUGUUCCUUACAGUCCCACUCCGGCGGUUCCUUCUAAUGACAGCCCUACAGUUCCUGCAGUCCCGGAUGUUCCUUAUACACCACCUUACACUCCGACCACGCCAUACACUCCGGACCCUUCUGCUCCAACCACACCAUCUACUCCCACUCCGUCUACUCCCGGCACUUGCUCGUGGUGGUCGUCCAACACUUCGAGCUUCCCCGACGUCAUCAGCAUCUUCACUACUAUCCUGGACUUAUUCGGCACUCUGUCUGGCAGUGGUAGUAGCCCUCUAUCCUCUAUCACAAGCAUAUUUGGUAACUCGAUGACCAUCCAGCAGGGCUUGACAAGCACUAGGAACGACGGGUACGGUGCUCUGCUUCGCCAGGGGUCUGCUGCCAUCCUCAACUCGUACACACGCCGUGACUACGCAUACUCGCCGUUCCAAGUGAAGCUCCAGUUCCGCAAUGCGCUUGGAAGUCAGCAACAGGCGUUCCAAAUGGCAUCUCUGUUUGAGAAUGCCAACCUCGCCAUGGGCAGGCGUCAGUAGUGCGGUCUCACCACAAGAGUCAAGAGGAUCUCUGUGUUCGUGCUAAUGCUGUGUAUUAUUUUGCUGCAAGUAUUCAAUUUAUUAAUCAGGUCUCGACUUCUUCGCUGUGUCUUGGAAGUAGUAGAUUGAAGCAUCUGUUAUGUGCGUAGUGCCCUGCAUCGAAAAGAGAUAUGUGAACCCCUGUCAUUACUACACAGGGCGUUGCGACAAUUUACUGUCGCGCACCACGCAGUUAACAUUAUCGAUACCGGUUUCACGAGGUUUUUUGAACACA